CUCUUUUACAAGUUGGCCGAGUACCACCGCCUGGAAUUUCAAUUCGACCUAACUUGACAUCGGGUCUUGGCGUUUGAGCCACCUUGCCUGGUCUACAAGCGAUGACAAGCACCUCAAAGGGCCACCUCAGCCUGGACAGUUGGGUCGAUUCUGAGCAGCGCUGCAUUUCGUUCAAAUACCUUAGCAGAUCGCUUGGGAUAUCAGCCGACACCGCGAAAGGCAUGAUGAUGGAAUGGCGAGAACAUCAUAGGACUGUUUAUGCUACGUGGGCCAUAUCAGGAACCGUUGAAUCUGUGUCGCCAGCUCAUCUGAGUGCCUCUUCGAGCAUCAAUAUCGGUACAGGCCACAGGAGGUUGGUCUGCCUCGCCACGGACGACACGCUGGAGGCGACUAAGGAGAAGUUCUCGACAAUCUCGUCGUGUCACAUCUACAGUCUACAACCUGGUCGCGUCUCGAGCCUUGAAUCUGUAAUCCCUGCGCAGGAAGACGUGAAGCUUGCUUCGGUCCUUUCGGGAAGCGCAUUCAGUCGGAAGUGUAGCUCUAUUGUACACCACGAUGCUCAGGCACUUUUAGAAGAUGCACUACCGACUGGUCCCUCUGCCAAAAUCCUACCGCCAGCGAGACUCAACGGACCCGUCGCGCCAGCAAGCAAGGCCGGACUUCCCGAAAACACCCAUGGCAAAAGAUCCGAGCCGAAGACAUUAGCAGCAAAGCAUACUGGUCCUUCCUCGCUAGCAUCUGCUUUCGCCAAGACAGUGAAACCUUUCAAGAAGACUGCAGCGGCAGCCGUCGAAGUCGACGCGAUCGUGCCCGUCCCUGUCCAAAACAUCAUACAAACUACGACUGCUGAACCAGCUCUGGCUGUACGAACUGGCUUGACAAAGGCAUUGGCGCAAUCGACAAAGUUAAGUGCAGCCCAAGUCAAGAGAGCAGAGGAGCACGAUGCGGUCGAGCUGAUGAUGAUGGACGCGGAUCAUACAACGAUAGAGAUGGCAUCAGCUCAAGAUGCGAAGACUGAUCAAACAUUGGUUGACACUGAAGUCACCUUGAAAGCGGAGCCUGUCGUUGUUGACCAAGACCAAGAGGUCUCAGUUCCAGUAGCUCGACGAGGUCGCAAGAAGGUGAAAAGGCAGAUCCACGUCCAAGACGAAAAGGGCUAUCUGGUCACCAAAGAUGAAUGGUAUUACGUGUCCUGCUCAGAGGAUGAGCUAGCCAUGACCAGAGCGAUGCCUGUCGCCAGAGUCAAGUCAAAGCCAAAAGCUGCAGGUCAGAAAGCAAAGUCCGGGGGCAUUGCUUCUUACUUCACAAAGAAGUAAUUUUAUCGAAGUAGAUCCGGAUAACGCUUUUGUAUAUCAAUAAUUGCAAGUGCAAACAUCGAAUUAGCC